AUGCUAUUCGAACAAGAUAUGUUUGGGAAGGGCACGACGAUGUGCCAAAGGCGAGUCUGCAGUGACAGAUCUGGCUGCAAAUACCAACAGAAGGAAGGGCAGCCGGCGAGGAGAGGGGACAACAGCAAGCUUAGUUGGCCUAAGAACGGGAGGAGGCAGCAAGGCUAUCGGGGGAAGAGAGGAAGGGUACACGGGCCUCUUCAUCACCAUCAUCCUCACCACCCCAGACAGUUCUACAGACAGAACCGACCAACACAGAGACCACCUCGUCUGAUGACGUCACUGCGUCCUGUCAACAUCAAAGGAAACAGAGCGCCAGGUAUGAGAGCUCCGAGGAACACCAACCAGUUCCUGAUGCAUGAAAAAUACCAGAUGAUGCAUAUGCGUUCGGACUCCGUCGGCACAGACAGUGGGUCUGACUGCGAAACGGAUUCCACGGACAUGGACUCGUAUCUAGGCGUGCUGGAAAACGCAAGGGGCGCCCUCCUCGACAGUCCAGAUCUCACAAUAACACCAGCACGGUUCUUCCCCCGAGAACUGGCCAAGUGCCAGCAGUUGCCCUUCUUCAGUUUAGAGGACUUGUACCAAGAGGAGCAGGAGAGUAACAGUAUGCAGUAUUUCCCGUCAGAAAACGAUGUGAUGCAGAGUGAAGACUUCAUGCAGAAAGACUUCAAUGAUUUCUGUGACACAUUCAGUGGGACCGAGCCACCCAUAGACUUGUAA